UGUAGAUUCGAAGGAUAAACCAAUUCCAUCUGUCAGUGCGUCUAAUCAAAUGUAAACAAACAACACAAAAACAACCAACCUGACGUCACUUGUCAAGAAAUCUGACGCACAUUGGUAAAAGUAUCAAUAGGACAAAAGACUGUGGGAGACAUAAAGUACUAACAUGUGGGGAAGUUUCAAACAGUAUAUUGGCCAGUACUAUCCAGUGCAAGAACAAGUUUCAGAUCACAGUGACUCAGAAGAAAUUGAAAAAGGAUGGGUAUUUGUUGAUAAAGAAGGAAAUGAAGUCGAAAGAAAGAUUGAAACACUUGCUCCACCCAAACUAAAUCCAGAAUCUCGACUAAAUCCGCUCCCUCUUUUAGACAUUAGCAAUACAAGUACCCCUCAAAGUUCUCCACAACUAAGUCCAACCAAAAUUGAAGAAGGCUGGUUUGUAGCUCCCCCACCAUGUUUUACAAAAAACAACACAGGCUUGAUUGAAAAGUCUCCCCUGGAGGAUCUGUUGAUUGAGCAUCCCAGCAUGAGUGUGUAUGCUCAAGUUCCUGGACUCCAGAUAAGUUAUAAGAAGACUGAAGAUCAUGCCCAGGUUGUCAUUCAGCCUAACAGAAGCAGUGAUAAUUCUCCUAAACGCACAAAUGAACCAAGACCUGAUGAAGGCCUGUUGGCUGUAUGUACAAAACCUAAGAUGAAUUGUUCGAAAUCCCAAAUUGAUCUCAAAAGCAUGGUUGACCAAGCAGAAAACACUAAACCUGCCCAACAAGCCAAAUGGGAAAAUGACCAGUACAAACUUUGCCCAUCUUAUAUGAAUCGUCAAAAUCGAGUCCAUCGAUACCAAUCUAGGAAGCAUCACAAUCAAAAGAAAAAAAGUAUGGCUAAGCCAUUUGCUGAAAAGGGGAGGCAUAAUUUUUGAUAUAUUUAUUUAUAUAAUGUGUGAAUUGUAUAGUGUUUUGUUCAAAAGUGUGUGUGCGUGUGCAAUUUCCAUGCAUAUGAAUGUUUUGCUGAUAAUUUCAAAUGAGGUGUAUAAAUGUGUUGUUUUAAGCUAUUUGAUGUUUAGCACUGUUCUGGAUAUUGCAAUCAAUUGUAUAGAUAUCUGAGUUAUAAUUUUUUUUUGUUACAUAUUACUUAUGUAACACUGUGAUCUUAAGUUUUUUUUUUUUUUUUUUUUUGUUUGUUUCAUAUUAUGCAUAUUUUUAGCGUGUGUCAAACUUGUUUGCAUAUUUCUUUAUUUUUAUUGAUUGCUUUAGUUGUUUUAAUUUAUAGAUAUUUAAAAGACAAAAAACAUUAUAUAUUUGUUGCUGUAGAAUAGUAAAAUAUUUGUAUAGUUUUUUUCUUUGGCAUUUCUAUACUAUUCUUAUUACUAUCAAGAUUAUUUUAGUUUACUAGUGUAUAGUGUAUGUAAUGUAUUUAAACCUAGAUCUAGUUUUAUUGUGAAAUAUCUAGGUUAAUUUACUUGUACUGUUUCUAAUAACUGCUUAUAUUUGUUGGCAAAAUUGCUUUUAAUAUAGUAUUUGGGUUUACUAGAUAAUUUCUUUUAAUUUAAUAAUGAAAAUAGUGUAAUUGUUACAUCCUUUAUGUUUAUAAUUAUGAGGUGUGCACUUACAGGUAUUAUCAACAAUAGCUCUUUAACUGUCCACAAAUAUAGCAAUAAUACUACAUAUACACAAAAUUUACUAAGAAUUUCAUCUAAAAUUUAUUCCUGUGUAUCAUUUUGUUUUCAUGAUAAUAUAUUUUAAAUGUGUACAUAUAAAGGGAAAAAAAUGAUGUAAUAUUAUAGCAGGCAGUGUAUAAUGUACCAUGUGACUGUGGUAUCUAAUGAGUUAACUACAUUUCUACUUUAAAAUAUUAAUUCAAUAUCUUUUAAUAUUAAAAUUAAUUAAAAUAUUAAUUUAAUAUCUUUUUUGUAUUAGUAUAUUUAAAUAGAUAUUAUAGUCAUGUAAUGUUUUCAUGAAGCUGGAAAAGACUAGAUUCAUACUUGAAUAAUUUUUAAUUGUUAUUGGAUAUUAUUUUUAAGAGUUGAUAGAAUUAGAAUCUGAUUCAAAUCUGGUAUUUACUGAGAUUUUCAAGUAAAUUCAGUGUGAAAACGCAUGUCUAAACAAUGUCUAGAACAUGGAGAAAAAAAAUUUCUCUUAAAAACCCAUAAAUUAUUCCUACAAUUUUUUGAAGUUGAAAAUUUAAAGGCUUUGUUUAUUAAAAUUUUUAGAUAGAUUAUGCAAAAAUCAUUCUUAUAUAUAUAUAUAUAUGUAAUAUGUAACACUUUUUUUAAGAUCUUUAGUUCAUUUUCUAAGUGUCAGUUUAUAUUGACUGUUAAACAAGCUAGCUAAAUUUGCAGAGAAUUCCAUAUUUUUAACAUUUUGUAUUAAUGGCAUACGUAAUCAAAUGAUAAUUAUUACUUUACAGAUAUGUCAAAUUUUUAAUAAUUUAUGUAUCAUAAAAAAAGGAUGUUUUAUGUCAUUUUCUGUUUAUGUAAAGGAACUUGGCUAGAAAAGUCACUGUAGAUUGCUCAUUUUUUAAAAUGCAUUCAGAUAGAUUAUCCUAUUUACAUGAUUCCAGAUAACUGUCAUUUUAAAAGUAAUGAAACAUUUCAUCCAGUCAUGUAAAAAUAUAUGUUAUAAAAUACAUGCAAAUGCUUUGUAAAUACAAAAAGUCAUUAUGUAAAUAGCAAGGAUUUUACAUUCAGUUUUCAUUCAUUCAAACAAAACAGUGUGAUAAAUAUACAAACUGCAUUUUCUUUUUGAAAGCCAUGUACUGCAAAGCAUUUUUAGUUUGAUUUUUAUCUAUUUAUUAUAUACAGUCAUGUAUUGUGAUGUAUGCUUGAGUAGUGUGCUUUGACCAGCACUUAGUUUAUUUAAACAACAAAUGCAUGUGCUUUUAGAUGUGUGAUAUGAAUGAGCAAAUAUAAUUGUAAAAAAAUCUGUUAGCCGAGAGUGACAGAGUGUAUUGUAGUGCAUUGGUUAAGCAAUUUUAAAAUGUUAUACAAAUAUUAUAUUCAAGUGUGCAAUUGAUGAACUGUAUGUUGUUAAAUGUAUAAAUGAAAAUACACAAUUUAAACAUUCCUUUUUAAAAGGGUGAUUAACCAGAACUACCAUUUAAUAUAAAGUGCCUUCUUACUGCAAAUAGAAUUGAUUUUUUUUUCAAUCCCAACAUGAUGUAUUACUUUGCAAAAUCUGUAUAAAUAUUUACAUGUUGUUUAGUACACAUUCCACAUAGCAUGUCUUGUGUAACAUGUUAAAGAUUUCAGUACUAAGGGAACACUAUUUCCACCAUCAAAAGAUAAUAAAAAAAUUUCAAAACUAUAGUAGCAGUU